AUGCAUUGCGUCUUACCUGCAUCAGCCUCCAUUUUGCUACUAUUGUUAUCAUUGUCAUUCAGUAUUCCAACGGUGCAGUGCUUGUUCACCUCUAGCAUCACAUCAGCAUUCGAUUCCAAGAAUCUUCCACCCAGGAUCAUUGCUCGUCGGAAUUCCGGCCAUCACCAUGGAAGCGUGGUGAGAAUGAGUUCCCUAUCCGAUUGGUCAGAACAAACUGGAGAAAGUGCCUUGAGACAAGUACAAAGAAUGGCAUCAAAAGUGGCAGAGAGUAAAGACGUAGGAUAUGCCGAUGUAAGGGAUCAAGACUACGAAAAUAGCCCCAAAAACGUCGCCGGAACCGGCGGUGACGUAUUCAAACAAAGAUCCAAACAAGUGCUGGAUCAACAAUCAUCUGUGUUACGCCCAAACUACCAGCUUUCUUCCAGGAACAAGCGGGAAGAACAAGUUUGGUCUGCUCUGAAGAAUCUAGAAUUGGAUAUGCAAAUGCUGGACGACCAGGCUGGUCAACAACCCCAACUGACAAAGUUGGAAUUCAUCAUGUUAAGUCUCUCCGUAACUGCAGCAGCUUCUGGUCCAUUUAUCAUGGGAGGCGAAUUGACAGAGUUCCUCGCACCUACGUCUGCUGCUUUUUCUGCCGCCAUUGGCAUUGGUGCCGAAUAUGUUGGUCGUGUUUCUGUUGCAGAUGGUAAAGAAGUAGCUGCCGCCACAAUUGUAUGUGCAGCUGAAGCGGAAGGAUUUCUAGCCAAUGCGGAACGUGCCAAAGCCAUUACUCCCUUGUGCGUUGGUGUCAGUGCGACAGCAACGACACUAUCUCUGCUCGUCCCAGUUCUUUUGGAAAAUGCAGAUACGUUCAUCUUGGGAGAACUUUAUCUAGCUUGUCCCAUUAUCAGUGUUUUGUCAGCGGCAGUCGCAGGUCUUGCUUUACAGGAUACGAGGCUGUUUGCACGACGAGCGACAUCGGUCGGAAAUCGUCGGUUUGCCCGUUCUGGAUUGGUUGGACGAACAUGGACAUCAUCGCCAGAACAAAUCAAGAACAAAUCCGAGUCAUCGCAAAAGAAGUGGAGAAGUCUAUUCCUCAAUGUUCUCCCUGCACCAUUUGUCGGCGUUUUGAUUCCUGGUGCUGAUUUUAAUACAAAGAGUAUCAUUGUGACUGCUUUGGCAGCCGCCCAAACUGCCUACUUACUCACCAAAUGCGAAGAUGUUCUUGCGAGGGCUACAGAUGCCUGUGCCGUCAAGGCAAGAAGUGCUGCUGUAUGUGACACAUACGCCAACCAAGGAACAAGAUCCGCUGCCAUCUUGCCGUUUACCUCUGCACUCUCUGGCCUGUGUGCUGCAGCGACAGCAGCCAUUGUUGAAUUGCCAUUCCUCGAGUCCCUCUCUGCUGCAGGCACACUCGGUAGUCUCACAAGCGAGAUGGUUGUGGUCGCAGCCUUCCCUGCACUUUCCGCAUUGUUUGCAGCUGCAGCUUCGGUAUCCAAGGCUCGGUGUGAAGUUCAGUCAGAGGCAGCCAUGCAAGCAGCGUCGACCCUUGCUCUCGAAUACAGCUCGGACGAUGAUGAGAAUCCAAUAUUGCGUCCUUUCCGGGGUGUGAUAGAAUUGAUCCAACUGACCUAUCGCAGUUCUGUGAAGGCACCAGUUUUAAGGGUAUUACAAAGGAUAGGGAAGCUCACAUUCUUCCGGAAGGUUCGAAUGCUUUUGGCUCGACGACGAUCUCUCGAGUGA